AUGUCCUCGCCAAGGGAACAACUGCCGCUUCCACAGGACGGAUCCUCUCAGAGAGAAGACCUGAGCCAAGCUCAACCACAUCUAGAGAAUACGACACAAGACGAAGACCCCAAUAGCAGUAAUGGUGUUACCCAACCUGCGCAAGCUCAGACUGGCAGACAACAGCUCAACGCCAUGUUCAACUCAGCGAAACACCAUGAAGAUAGGCACUGCAUUGGUUGCAUCGGUAAAGACGGGGUCUAUAGGGUCAUACACUAUCUCCCCGGACCGCCGGACCAGAUAAGCAACUACGAGAUCUAUGACGCGAAGCCCAUGUCGCCAGAGAUGAUCAAGGCCUGGCUUGAUAGACAGCCGUGGAAACAGGAGACGGAAGACAAGUACCGAGGAGCUGAUGGUAGAACAAUUCCAGAGGAACAGUGGUGGAACCCCCCACCCGGCAUGCUGUUUACUAUGCGAUCGAAGAACGAGCGCGAUGAGGAGAUGAGGGUCUAUCGCGAGGAGCGAAAGGCUAAGGAAGAGAAGAUUGCAAGGGGGGAGAUUGAAGCGGAGGUGCCUAUUGCGUGUAAUAGCAUCAAGAGUGACUAUGAUCUCAGCCCUCGCUAG